AUGAAGCCUUUUAUUCUUCUUGCUGUUGCUGUUUUAGUAGUCUUCACUACAUUUUCCGUUGUCUCAGUCGAAGCAAGGAAGCAUCACAACAAAAAUAAGAGCAAACCUCAUCACGACAACCAUCAAAAGAAGCGGAGUGGCAAUGGCAACAACAACAACAACAAUAAUAACAAUAAUGCUCCUCCUGAUCAUGACUCAUUUGUUAACCCCAGCCCUGCACCAACACAAUCCACCGUUUUCAAUGUUUUGUCAUUUGGAGCUAAGGGUGAUGGAGUCUCUGAUGAUUCACAAGCAGUUGUGGCGGCAUGGAAAGCUGCGUGCAAUGUGAGUGGGGCGACACUGCAAAUUCCGGCAAAGUUGAAGUUUCUGAUGAACCCCAUAACUCUUCAAGGUCCAUGCAUGCCUCAACUACUUUUUCAGGUGGAUGGAACAAUUUUAGGUCCUCCAAGAGUAGGUUCAUGGCCCAAAACAAGUUUGUUUCAAUGGUUAAAUUUCAAAUGGGUUCAUGAUUUCACAAUCCAAGGUUCUGGAAUUGUUGAUGGUCAAGGCUUUGAUUGGUGGACUACUACUCCCUCCCAAGUUUACUCUAUUGAUGAUCAGAAGAAAAGCAAGCAUAUUGUUCCAUAUAUGAAACCUACUGCUUUGAGAUUCUAUGGCAGCAGUAAUGUCACAGUCCGUGACAUAACAAUCAUAAACAGUCCUCAAUGCCACCUAAAAUUUGACAGCUCUAGUGGAGUCAAAGUCGAGAAUGUCACCAUUUCUUCUCCAGAUAAUAGCCCAAACACUGAUGGAAUUCACCUGCAAAACACUCGGGAUGUAGAAAUCCACCACUCUAAUAUUGGUUGUGGAGAUGACUGUGUAUCCAUACAAACUGGUUGCUCUAACAUCCACAUUCAUCACAUAAAUUGUGGGCCUGGACAUGGUAUAAGUUUAGGAGGACUAGGAAAAGACAAUACUGUCGCGUGUGUAUCAGACAUCUUAGUGGAGGAAGUCUCACUGCAGAACACAUUAGCUGGAGUUAGAAUAAAAACAUGGCAGGGAGGACAUGGAUCAGUGAAGAAUGUGACAUUUGCAAACAUUGAAGUAUCGGAGGUUAAGGUUCCUAUAAUAAUCGACCAGUACUAUUGUGACAAGAAACUGUGCAAGAACCAGACAGGGGCAGUGGCAGUAUCUGGUGUUAAAUAUGACCAAAUAAUUGGAACAUAUUCAGUGCAACCAAUUCAUCUGGCAUGUAGCAGUGAGGUGCCAUGCACAGACGUUGAUCUCAUGAAUAUUCAGUUGAAGCCAGCUUCUUUAGGUUUAGGACAGUCGCGAGGUUUUCCUCAACAGGCUUUGUGUUGGAACUCUUAUGGGAAGUCACAGGCACCAUUGGUUCCUUCAAGCAUUGACUAUUGCUUGAGAAGGGAUGGUCAUGGUGGUUCAGUCUCAAGAGUCAUGCUUUCCCUUCUGACACACUUUAUCGCUUAUGAAGGAGAGCUAGGGCAGUCCUUAACUCCUUACUUCUUUAGGAGUGAGUGGGGUGUCAAGUGUAGAUGUAAUGGUUGUCGUGGGAGUUGGUUUGGGGAGAGCGUGCACCGCCCAACGCAGCCUUCAUGUGAAUCUCACUCAGUCACUUGA